CGCUCAAGUUUUCCUCCUCAUUCUUUUCUUCGCAUUCCUCAACAAUGUUUUCUUCCUCAAUAAUAUUUUUACCUUUAUUUUCUUCCAAUCCCUUCACCUCUUCUUCUUGUUUCUCAUUUUUAAUACUUUCUUCCAUAUUAAUACCUUCUUCCAUCAAAACCGAUUCUUCUUUGAUUUCCUCAAUUUCUCCAUGUUUUUCUUCUACCCUGGUGCUACUCGAACUUGAACUUUCCCCAUAUGUUGCUUCUUUCCCUUUUAUUCCCUCUACAAGAUCAAGUAUCGCUUCAGGAGUAUGGUUUGUUAAUUCUUUUGUUAUAUAUGCUAUUAACUUUGCUAAAAUUAAAUUUUAUUUAUCAAUCAAAAGGUGUUACGACAAUUGCGGAUACGCAGGUGCGGAUGCGACAAUUGCGGAUUAA